AUGGGCAUUCCAUCAUCUCUACCCACAAACCCUAACCCCAGUCCCAGUCCGCCGCUCCCUCAGUCACCACCACCGCAAACGCCGCCGUUACCUCAAUCGCCACCACCUCAAUCACCGCCACUACCCCCAGGCCAAACACCACCUCUCAUUCCGCCGACCCCCCUUUCGCCACAAACUGAGCCGCAAAAUGAGACACCCAUUUUCGACACUCAGUCCCCAGAACCAAUGCCUGAACCUGAGCCUACUCAAACGAAGUCUAAAGACAGCACAAUGUUGUUGCACAUGGAUGUUUGUGAGAAAGUAGGCCAUACCUAUGCUUUGUUACAGCAGCAUCCUGAAGCUAGUGGUUCUGCAGACCCCACUACCUUUGCACCAGUAGAACCCCAACCAACCACUACCCCGCAGUUUUCAGCAGACAUUUUGUCCCUCUUAAGAUCCCUGGAAUCCAAAAUAGCAAGUUUCACUAUCCAACCAUCUGUUCCCUCACCUGACACCACAGAAAUCCUUGCUACCUUGAAGAGCUUAGAAGUCAAAAUUGAUACCAUGGGUCAGCAGCAGAACUCAAGGCGGACUCGAUGCAAAGAAGAAAGCCUUGACAAGUGA